AUGGCCUUGCAGUAUGUGCAUCUUGCUUCAGAUGUUCAAAAAUCCAAUAGAGCAUCUAGUGUAUUUAUUGUAAAUGUCGGAGAGCAUCUAAAUGGACCUGAAUCAACACUAAUGACAAAGAUGACUAAGGAAUUUUCGCGCAAAUAUAUUUUAUCAAGAAAUUUAAAUAUAAUAAAAAUUCAUGAAGAAAUAGAAUACUACAAGGGGAAGGCUGUACAGCCUCUGUUUGUCGUAAUGUUCAGGACAUUAAAUGAUGUGCAUCAAUUUGCCGCCAUGACUAAGACCUACAAUAUGGCUCUGCACGAGUGGCUCUUGAUUUUUAUGGACUCGCCAGACGCUGGCUUGAAUGAAUUCUGUCAUAAUCCUCACAAAAAUCUGUUCAAUCUCGGCGUGAGCACGAAAAUGUUGGUCAAGUGUUACAACGAUCCGAUAUUAAGGGAGUGGUACUCCAUCAACAAGAAGACGAUCGAUAUAUUCGAUUAUGCAACGUGGAGCUUUGGAAAAGGCAUGAGAAAGCUGUCGAACUUAACUUUCUUCAAAAGGAGAAAUAAUUUGAAAGGAAUUACUUUAAAAGUUGCCGCAGUUAAAGACUCGACAACGCAAUUGGGCAGAGGUAGUACAAUGGGCGGCUACUUCGGCGUCGUAAUUACGGAACUCUCCAAGAUAAUGAACUUCACGAUCGAUUUCACGUCGGUCGAGGAUUCGUACGGCAGCUGGAACGAAACGAAGCACGAAUGGACUGGCGUCAUCCGACGAUUGGUAUCGCGCGAGAUCGAUAUUGGAAUCGGCGAAUUCACUAUGAAUCAGCAGCGAGCGGCCGUCAUCGAUUAUUCGGUCGCACUUAUGCGCUCCACUUCCAAUAUUUACAUCAAACGUCCCCGUAUGUCGAAUAUCGGCUGGUCGACGUACGUUAAGGCUUUUCAUUUAGAUAUAUGGAUAAUAAUAUUGACAACUUUAUUAUUCAUUCCAAUAUUAUUGGCUAUGAUGUGGAAAGUUGUAAGAAAUUACGACAUCACGUAUUACAUAGUAGAAGAGUAUCUUCGAGUUUGGGGUAUCUAUUGUCAAAAACCACUUCCAGAUUUACCAUCGGCUCUCUCAUUACGAAUAGCUUACAUAUCGAUUUUUAUGUCAUCUAUGGUUCUUUUUGCCGUCUAUUCGGCUUAUCUCACGAGCUAUCAAACAGUUUUUAAACCUAGUAUACCCUUUAAUACUUUUGAAGGAUUUGUCGCAGAUGGAACGUAUAAACUUAUAAUAUUUCGAUAUAGCUCCAACUAUGAUCUCUUUAAGGUUUGUUAUGAAAAAGUUGUACUUUACACAAAUCAGUUAAUCCUUGAAAAAGCCACCGCUUAUGCACCGUGUGAAUUAAUGCCAUUAACAGCUGGUAGACUAGACAGCAUUGCAUUAGCUGUUGCAAAGCAAAGCCCAUACACAGAAUUUAUCAACUACCAGUAA